AUCGAAGUUUGCAUCCUGUCGAAGCUGGGUUUUAUGGAUGUACUGCUGUAGUUGAAAUUCGUUCAUUUUUAAAAUUCAAUGAUAAGAGCAGGGAGCGAAAGAAGAUCAAAUGAGAGCAAAGCAGAGCCUGCAAUUCUGACUGGGAUAAUCGUCAACAUGGCAGCAGAUGUGCACUGCAGUAGAUGCCGGUUGAUAGAGAGACUGGAAUAUCUAACUUGAACUAUACCCCAUAAGUUGCUCAUCACAGAGCAGAAGCCUUUUUUGGUUUUGUUACAGGGGGGCAUGAAGCCCAAACAAAAGAGAACAAAAACACAGAAACUUAACAGCCAAAGCUGUACAAAGGAACGAGACCUCACUAGGCCAUCAAUGUCAUCUAAGACAGCUUGAGUAGUAAAAGCUGGAUUGGUAUUGAAGCUGAUAGUGAUGAAACAUCAGCGACCCCAGGCCUCUGCUUGAAAAUCGGGUUCUAGUGAUGAUGUUGAUGCUCCUGGGGCUGAUGAUGCUUCUGAGAACUACCGCCCGUCUGAACAUCCUUUCAUCCGUUUCAGGUUGUUAUUACGAACCCCAACGCUUGGUUCCUUCACUGCUUAAGCUUUUCUCAACCCAUCAUGUAUACACUUGCAACGUCAAGAUCGGCUCUCUCUUUCGAGCGGGUCAUAUUGAAGCUGCUCGCCAACUGUUCGACGAAAUGCCCCAAAGAGACUUGGUUACAUGGAACGCUCUCGUUACUGGGUACUGGAAAAACGGUUACUUUCAGGAAUCAAAGAGUCUGUUCGAAUCGAUGCCUCUCAGGAAUGUGGUGUCCUGGAACUCCAUGGUAGCCGGUUGCGUCGAAAAUGGGAUGGUUGAUGAGGCUUUCGGCUACUUUCGAGCCAUGCCCGAGAGGAACAUUGCGUCUUGGAAUGCUAUGAUAUCUGGGUUUUUGAAGUGUGAUCGGGUGGAGGAAGCUAGUAGGCUUUUUGUGGAGAUGCCGUGUAGGAAUGUGAUUUCUUUUACGGCGAUGAUUGAUGGAUAUGCGAAGAAAGGAGAGGUGGAGAAGGCAAGAGCAUUGUUUGAUGUCAUGCAGCAUAAAAAUGCGGUUUCUUGGACUGUGCUGAUUAGUGGGUAUGUGGAGAAUGGGAGGUUUGAUGAAGCUAGGGAAUUGUAUAAGCAGAUGCCGGAGAAAAAUGUGGUUGCAGUGACUGCCAUGAUCACUGGGUGCUGUAGGGAGGGUAAGAUGGAAGAUGCGAGAGUGUUGUUCGAUGGAAUGCAGUUCAAGGAUGAUGUCUGUUGGAAUGCAAUGAUAACAGGCUAUGCACAAAAUGGUAGGGGAGAGGAAGCAUUGAAGUUACAUUCACAAAAGCUCAAGAUUGGUUUGCAUCCAGAUAACUGGACCCUUGUUUCUGUUCUUAUGGCCUGUUCUACUCUUGCGUCCCUGAAGGAUGGAAGACAAGCUCAUGUGCUCAUUGUUAAACAUGGUCUCGAAUCCAAUGUCUCCAUAAGUAAUGCUUUGAUUACCAUGUACUGCAGAUGUGGUGCGAUUCUUGACUCUGAGUUAGCUUUCAAACAAAUUGAGAGUCCGGACCUUGUCUCAUGGAACACCAUUGUUGCUGCAUUUGCACAGCACGGUCUCUACAAGAAGGCUCUGGCUUUUUUCAACCAGAUGAGGGUCAGUGGCUUUGAACCGGAUGGCAUAACAUUUCUUAGUGUCUUAUCUGCUUGUGCUCGUGUGGGAAAAGUGAAUGAGAGCAUGGAUUUGUUCGACUCAAUGGUCAAUAAAUAUGGUAUUUCCCCUCGGUCGGAGCAUUAUGCUUGCUUAAUUGAUCUAUUGAGUCGAGCAGGUCAGUUAGAGAAAGCUUGCAAGAUGAUCCAAGAGAUGCCAUUUGAAGCAGACUUUGGGAUUUGGGGAGCUCUUCUUGCAGCUUCCAGUGUUCAUUCAAAUGUCGAAAUAGGGGAACUGGCUGCUAAGAAUAUGUUAGACUUGGAUCCCCAGAGUUCUGGGCCUUAUGUCAUAUUGUCCAAUAUGUAUGCAGCUGCUGGUAAAUGGAAUGAUGUUGCUAGAGUGAGGAGUUUGAUGAAAAAGCAUGGAGUCAAGAAGCAACAGGCAUAUAGUUGGAUAGAGAUUGGGAAUAAGGUGCAAAAUUUCGUUGGAGGGGAUAUAUCGCAUCCAGAUGUUGAUAAUAUUCAUUUGGUGCUCAAGAAGAUCAGCCUGCAUAUGGCUGCAAAUAAUUUCACAGACAUCAGUGUCUCAUGGAGCUCUUCUUGUUAACCAAUAGAAGGGAUGUAAUGGCAGAAUGGUACAAUUACAAUUGUUAGAAGCAUGAAGGGUACUGCUUCAUAUGUUUUGUGGACUAGUUGAUGAUUCUGAAAGGCUCAAAAGAGCUGAAAGCUCAAGUCCGAGAGGCCCAACCAAAAUUCAGUCUGGGGAGGUGUCCAAGAUUUUUCCUAGAAGAAAAAAAGGAUGGUCAAACGAAAGUUUUUCCGACUGUACAUAAGCAAUGUAUUGAUUUUCUUCUCGAGUUUCCGGUUUGGAAUGAAUGUCUACUUCUUUCCUAUUUAAAA